AUGAAGGAUUUCCUAAAAACAGUGGAUAUUAUUGUAUCAGAUAAUGCCAUUAACACAUGGAGCAAACUGACCAAAAACAACACCAGCAUUAAACUUCUGCAGGCUAUUGAGGAUAUAAGUGAACAUCUCACAGAAGAUUUUAAUAUUUUUGAAAUAUCCAUUCAGCUAACAAGAAAAACAGUUAAUAAUUCCUUCACUUUAACAUCAAGCCUGUCGAACUCAUCUACGGAGAUUGUGAUACCACAGGUUCCUCAGAUGACUAUCAUAACCAUCAUAAUCUUCACGACUCUUGACAACGUCUUACCUACACACGGUGGUAAUGACAGCAGGGAAUCAGAUGUGAGAAUCAAUGGAGAUGUGGUUGUUGUUAAAGUUAAUGAGACUCUUAACAACAUUUCUUUUACAUAUGACAUUACUUAUCAGUCUUUGGGAAAUCCUCAGUGUGUCUUUUGGAAUUUCAAUCUCAACAGUUGGGAUUCCACUGGAUGUGAAGUAAAGCGGAACAACAUUGGCAACAUUACAUGUGAAUGCAACCACACAACCUCUUUUUCAAUCCUAAUGUCACCGUUUUCCAUUGAUAACACAGCCUUAGCCUAUAUAACUUACAUUGGCGUAGCUAUUUCGAUGGCCAGCUUGAUUAUAUGCCUGAUUAUUGAGACUAUUGUGUGGAGGUCAAUGACAAGAAAUGACACAUCCUACAUGCGACAUGUCUCCAUAGUCAACAUUGCCGUGUCUCUGCUGAUAGCAAACGUCUGUUUUAUCAUUGGAGCCGCAGUCGCAGAAAGUGAGCAGCCAACCUCAGUGGGUCGCUGCAGUCCAGUGGUUUUCUUCAUGCACUUCUUUUACCUGGCUCUUUUCUUCUGGAUGUUAAUAUCAGCGCUGUUGCUCUUUUACCGUACAGUCAUGGUCUUGUCUCAAAUGUCAAGGGCUAAAAUGAUGGCCAUUGCCUUCAUAGUCGGUUAUGGUGCACCUUUGCUCAUAGCGACAAUUACGGUUGCAUCAACAGCUGGACCUCAAAAUUAUGUUUCCAAAAGAAAUGCAUGCUGGUUGAACUGGUAUGAAUCAAAGGCCCUUCUGGCAUUUGUGGUUCCAGCUCUCACUAUUGUAGCCAUAAACCUCGUGGUUUUGAUUGUGGUUCUGUAUAAGAUGUUGAGGAGAGGAGUUGGUGCCACAACUCAACCAGAUGAGAAACAUGCCCUGGUGGUCAUUGCCAGAUGUGUGGCCAUUUUGACUCCUAUCUUUGGUCUUACAUGGGGAUUUGGAAUUGGAACCAUGGUGUCACAGGAAUUAGGCAUUCAUGUGGUGUUUGCACUCCUUAAUUCUCUGCAGGGAUUCUUUAUUUUGGUGUUUGGAACACUUUUAGACAGCAAGGUAUGA